AUGGCGUACAAUACGUCUUACCUCUCCUCUCCCGACACCCCGUCGACCGUAUUUCCGGAACGGUUGAUUCGACCUCUCCCCAAGCGUUCGCUCAAGAGUCGAUUGUCCCAAGAGGCCGCAGAAGCCAUUACCUACCCGCCUACGCUGCCUUCGACAAGCUUACCGACGUACACUCAAUACGGGGAAAACGGGGAAUAUGCCAACGAUGGCAAACUCCUGGCCCAUCACCACAGCGACGGUUAUGACCACGAUCACGAUCACGAUCACGACCAUGACCACGAUCAUCCUGAAGACGAUCAUGCCCAUCAUGACUGUCCCCAUCAUCACCAUCAUUGCCACCACGAUGAUUACGAGGAUGAUCUAGAUGAUCUCGAAGGUAUGGUCCCUGUCAGCCAUUACUUUUUGAACUCGCCACGGUCUCCCCAGUCGCCAGAACACGCGAGGCAUUCAACGAAAAGUGGUACUUCAGGACCUGAUGGAUAUGAAGCGUUUGAAAAUACGAACAACAAAAAGAAGCGGAAGAUCCCGACGUCCGGCAGUUUGAGUCUACACCAUUCGACGAUGACCAACGAUCUCGCGCGCCUGAGUCUUAGCGGCAGUAAAGAUGGCCCCGCCGACGAUUCUUACCAUACAACGACGAAGCAUUCAGGAGGCAGUGCCGGUCUUGGAGUUCAGGGUGCUGGCAGAGGACGUGGUGGCAGAAAACUUCCCGGUCGGAAUCCCUUAGGCGUGUCGGUUAAUGGCUCCAACGCUCGGAGUGGUCCGUCAAAGUACGACCUGAAUAUGAGCGCCAACGCUAAAGCUGAGGAUUCAAAGGACCAAGGCAUCAUUUCGGCCGCGAUCGCUAACGCCACGGCAUUGCUUCGUAAACCGUUGAGCAAAGGACAGGAGAAUGUUGGCGUACUUGACCAACAAGUCAAAGAAGGACAUACCAGCUCACAGUUCACCUUCACCUGUGAGACGGAGGCCAAAGGAGUGACUUUUCCCGAGCAAAGCCUGUAUUCUCCCGGGUAUAACCAACGGAACAAUCAGACUCCAGCUUCUCAAUCCGGCAGCUAUCAGAAAUCGGCUUCGGGAGCGGCCACCACUGCGAAUGCGCCUCCUCAAAACAAUCAGUCGGCCCCGACUGCGCCCGCUGCGCCCGGGACUGCCAAUGCGCAAGGGAAGAAGCCCCGAAGACGGAAAGGGGACGUGUAUGCAUUGGCUGCUCGGCAAAGAAAGCUUCAACAAGAGUACAACAACCUCCAACAUCCACCGGCCCCGGAGGACAUUUGGAUCUGCGAGUUUUGUGAGUACGAGGCCAUAUUUGGCGAGCCGCCUCAUGCUCUCAUUCGGCAAUACGAGAUAAAGGACCGGAAAGAGCGGCGUCGACUGGCCGAGAAGAGGCGCUUGUUGGAAAAGGCCAAGUUGAAGGGGAGAAAGGGGCGGAAGCAGACGAAGAACGCGGCCAAAGCAGCCAACCAUGCUACGGGGCCGGCUCAUCAACAACGAUAUGACAACCAACCACUGGACCAACUCGGCGAUGAUGACUUGGACUAUGGCUACGACGAUGACCCGAUUCCGAUGCCUGCGCCGACACCUCAUGAGGCGAACACCGGCAAGCCGUCGGCAGGUACAGCGUCCCAUGCGAGAACGGACAAAGCUGGAGAAGCGACCGGAGAGGGCGGCGGUGGAGGCGGAGGAAUACGCUGA